AUGGGGAAACUGUCGAAAGACAGAAGAGACAUCUACUAUCGGCGAGCGAAGGAAGAAGGCUACCGCGCCCGCUCCGCCUACAAGCUUCUCCAACUCGACGACGAACUCCACUUCCUCUCUCCUCCGUCUUUGUCCCGUAGUCACAGAGAGGGAAGAAACAAGCAAAGAAAAGAAGCGGGCGACUGGGCAGACGCCAGAGGGGAAACCGACACAGAUCCUCGAAACGGAGACGCCGAACGCGAGGCGCCCUCCAGCAGGGAGGAGCGAAGCGGCGAUCUCUCUGGCGUCGACCUCAGCAGCGAAGCAGAAAGCGAAGAAGGAGAUGAAGACGAGGAUGUGUAUCCAGUCAGAGCCGUCGAUCUUUGCGCGGCGCCCGGGAGCUGGUCACAGGUUCUUCGUCGUCGUUUGUGGGAAAAUUACCGUCGAAAGCUCUCCCGCUACGAAAAGCGAACUUCGCGCUUGGCGUCGCAAACGGCUUGCGACGGAACUCAGCCCUCGUCGCCUUCUUCUGUCGCGGAGUCUCUGUCUCCUCCGGCACCGCCGUUGAUCGUGGCGGUGGACCUCCAGGAGCUGGCGCCCAUCCCGGGUGUCUAUACACUGCAGGCAGACAUCACGCACGAGUCGACGGUGAAGGCCAUUCUGGAUUUUUUCGCGCAGCAGCCUGCAGACCUUGUCAUCUGCGACGGCGCGCCGGACGUGACGGGCAUGCACGACAUUGACGAAUUCAUUCAGGCGCAGCUGCUGUUUGCGGCGCUCAAAGUUGCGUGCAAAGUGCUGAAGCCUGGCGGCGUCUUUGUCUGCAAGACGUUCCGCGGCGAGCAGAUUCCUCUGGUGUACCUACAGCUCAAGACGCUCUUCGACGCGGUGCGCUGCUGCAAACCUGCGGCCAGUCGCAACAGUAGCAUCGAAGCCUUUCUCGUGUGCAGAGGUUUCCGCCCCGUCCCCGGAGGCCUCGAGGACGAACCGGCGAUCUCUGUCGAUGUGUCGCUUGGCGACGCCUCCGAAGAAGAACGCGACGUUCAGGGCUGCUUGAUUCCCUUCCUGUCCUGUGGAGACCUCGCCGGCUACGACGCAGAUAGGAACUACCCGGUCGACGAAAACCACGUCUUUCUCCCGCCCACGCAACCUCCAGUCCAUCCGCCGUACGAACAGGCUCUCCAGCUGAAGCGCGGAACAGCCUGA